AUGUCUGAGAAGUCUCCGCAGAAUCUGGAGUGCCAGAGCAUGCCCUACGACUUCAGCAUGCCCAGCACCUCCAGCCAGGCUCUGGGUCAGGAGGCCGGCGCGCAUUUCCAGCUGCCUCACGGUGGUCUAACAGACCCGAGUUCUCUCUACAGCAAGGCCUCCUACAACCUGCCGUCGGCACCUGCGCAGGCCUUCUUUCCGUUCCCACACGUUCCUGGCGACUACAGAGCAGCCGACACGCAGGGUGGUGACUUUGGCCAACCCAAACACUGGUAUCCAUUCGCUGCGCCCGAGUACACGGGCCAGAUCCCCGGCGCGGCGGCGGCCGCCCAGCCCACCAACCCGAGCCCCCCGAUAGGCGAAACCCGGGAGCAGAUCGGCUUACAAGAGGUGAAGAGCGAGAGGAACGACGACGAUGAAUACUCAACCGAGAUGAGGGCUCUGCACGCCUACCAGAGCCAGCAGACCCCCGCCGCCAUGCCCCACGGAGUCUUCUACCCUUCGCCCUGGAACCCGCCCUUCUGGCCCAGCAUCACCCACAUGCCCGCGGCCGCCGCCGAUAACCAGAGCCCCUCGACGUCCUCGUCUUCCCCGUCCAUGUCUCCUUCACCCCCGAACAACAGCAACGGGCUGCCGGGAGCGGCGUUCAGCGCUGCGGGCGGCUCCCAGGCCGCCGCCGGCCCCCAGCCGCAGAACCCUGCGGGCCCCAGCAGGAGCAGCGGCUCCUCCAGCGGCGCCUGCAGCGACUCCGAUGAGGAGGCUAUUACCAGCGAGGAGCUGGAGCAGUUUGCCAAACAGCUCAAACACAAGCGCAUCACUCUGGGUUUCACUCAGGCCGACGUGGGCCUGGCGCUGGGUAACCUGUACGGUAAGAUGUUCAGCCAGACCACCAUCUGCCGCUUCGAGGCCCUGCAGCUGAGCUUCAAGAAUAUGUGCAAACUCAAGCCUCUGCUGCAGAGAUGGCUCAACGAUGCCGAGAACUCGGAAAACCCUCAAGACAUGUACAAGAUUGAGCGUCCACAUCCUGAGACGAGGAAGAGGAAACGGAGGACCUGCCUGGAGGGGCCGGUGCGCUCUGCUCUCGAGUCUUACUUUUUCAAGUCUCCCAAGCCCAACACUCAGCAGCUCACACACAUCUCUGGCGACCUGGGCCUGCAACGAGAUGUUGUGCGUGUGUGGUUCUGCAACCGCAGACAGAAGGGAAAGCGUUUGGCCUUGCCUGUGAAGGAGGAGGAGGAGGAGGCGGCGGCCUUGGAGCAGGGAUACCCCCUCUAUAUGUGCCCUGACAUCUUGAAGCACACGGGAGGGUAUCUAUAG